AUGAGUCAAAAGCCCUCUUCUUCUCCUUCACCCUUUCUGAACAAUUUAGACCGUUCGAGGCCGAGAUCCAACAGUGUUAUCAGACUAAUGUCGAGCCAAAACCCAUCCUCAUCUUCACUCACUCAGCAAAACAAAAACUUCAAACGCUCCAUGAGUGUAUCGGAAGGUCUUCACGUCAGGCUUCCUACGCUUCAUCAUACAGAAACUGAACCCUUUCCUUACUCUCCUGUUACACAGCAAACGACGAACAACAUUUGCCCAUCAGAGUCGAAUUGGGCAAACAAAUACGAGGAUUUUGAUAUAGGAAAGCCUAUCGGGUAUGGGUCCUCAGCAGUUGUAUAUGAAGCCAUCUACAAGCCAUUAAAGAAGAGAGUCGCCGUCAAGAUGAUAGAUUUAGAUAUGUUUGAGCGCAAUCAGAUUGACGAGCUUAGGCGAGAAACUGCUCUCAUGGCCUUGUCCAAACAUCCAAACGUGCUGCGAGUCUAUGGGUCUUUUGUCAAUGGAUCUAAAUUAUACAUUGUUACACCUUAUUUGGCCGCAGGAUCUUGUUUGGAUAUCAUGAAGACUACUUUUCCAGACGGUCUCGAUGAAGUCUCUAUUGCCACUAUUCUUCGCCAAGCAUUAGAAGGCCUCAUUUAUCUGCAUAAAAAUGGCCAUAUUCAUCGUGAUGUCAAGGCUGGCAAUUUGUUGAUGGACCAGCAAGGCACAGUGCUUUUGGCUGAUUUUGGCGUCUCCAGCUCGUUGGCAGAGAACGGCGAUGUUCGAAAGACCUUUGUAGGCACGCCAUGCUGGAUGGCGCCUGAAGUCAUGGAGCAGGCUGGAUACGACUACAAGGCUGAUAUAUGGAGUUUCGGUAUUACGUCGCUGGAAUUAGCUACCGGCCAUGCUCCCUUUGCCAAAUUUCCUCCCAUGAAAGUGCUUAUGAUGACAUUGUCCAAUGCUCCUCCCACACUGGAUAGAGAAGGCGGCAAGCACAAGUACUCCAGAGCUUUCAAGGACAUGAUUGAUUCUUGCUUGCAAAAGGACCCCAACAAGAGACCCUCUGCCGAAAAGCUAAUACAACAUCCAUUCUUCAAACAAGCCAAGAAAAGAGACUACCUGGUGAAAUCCAUACUCGCCUACGUGCUCCCACUAGAUCAACGACCUCACAAAAAGGUGCCUCAGAAGCACAUCUCUUUCGAAAGCACAGAGCAGUGGGAUUUCGAUACGCAAUCAGACGACGAAGGCAAGAGUGAUAGUGACCCUGUCAAACAUGCUGCUCCACCUGUCAUCACAGCAACACCUGUCAUCACAGCAACACCUGUCAUCACAGCAACACCUGUCAUCACAGCAACACCUGUCAUCACAGCAACACCUGUCAUCACAGCAACACCUGCUAUCGCUGCAACAGCAACAGCAGACAAGAGCGAUAUACCACCCCCAAGCACGCCGUUAGAGCGAUCCAAAUCAAUGGUGCAAUUCGAAGAGUGUCCAAAGCCAGUGUAUGUGGACAAGACCAAAUCAACCAAUGCCUCUCCAGCCACAGAAACAUCAGCAGAACAACCACCCACCAUCAAGAAGCACAUCUCGUUUGGCGAUGCUGUCAUUCGAGACCCACCUGUCAGGUCCAUCAUGUCGCCUGUCGUCGAGAGCCCCAAUCCAGUGCAUAGCCCUCUCCAUAACACACCUUUCGUUAGUAUUGAUGCUGCCACAUCUACAGCGUACGCACCGCCCACGUUAUCAAGUGCUCCCACAUCCAAAAAGUCGAGAUUUGUUAUUGAAGACAGCACACCGGCACCACAUACAUCCACUUCUAUAUCACCCCUGUCAGACUCGCCCAUCUCACCCUCGAAUGCAUCUCCCUCAGACAACAAUGGCGUUGGUUUGGGUAUUUCGACUACACAAGCAGCAGCGACGUCAGGUAAUGCCAACACCAUCCCUGGAGCAUCGAGCACUUUGACACCCACUGCUGCCAAUGUAGCUGCUGCCGCCGCUGUGGCUGCUAAUAUCAGUAGCAACAACAACACUUUGCAAGAGGGUGAGUUCAAGAAGGGUCGUUUCAGUGUCAAUCAAACACCCGUGCGUCCCAGUACACCUGCUUUGGAAGAGGCACCCACUAGCAACAGCUCGCCUGGUAGUAACCAACAUGGCCCCGGUGAAAAGUCCGUGCCUCAUCCAUCCAGCGAUCUCAAAUCCAUUUCCAUGUCUCGUGCUGCUAGCCAGGACAGUUUCCAAGAACGCAAAUCUAGAUUCGAGGUCAAGCACAGCAAUAACAGCGGCCCCUCGAUGAAUACAACUGCUUCUGUUGCUAGCACUCCCAUUGAGCCUAGCACACCCUUGCAAAGUUUGCCACUCACUCGCGAAAACUCAAACGCCUCGGCUUUAUCCAGAGACUCCUCCAUUAACAACAAGAUCAGUCGAUUCUCCAUUGAAAAGCCUGAAGUUGUUGGGCCUUACUGUGAAUUGCCUGCUGCUGUCGCUUCGGCAAUGUCUCCUGAAUGUCGUAAGAAGGGUCGUUUCGAAUUGACUGGCGGAUCCAAUGCGCCUAGUGAUGCUUUAAAGGACAAAGAGCACUUCGAGUCGCCUCAGUCUACUGUUGGACCAUCGCCUGCUAUCUCUCCAUGCAAUUCGCUUCAAAGAGGCCAAGCACACCGCAUCAUUGACAAUUCGAUGCCUCAUAUGGUUUAUUCUCACAUGGAGUCAUUGAUCAAGCAGACUGAAGUGCAAAGGAAUAUGCUCAACGAUCUACUGGCUACGAUGCCAUUCAUGUAUAAUCAGCAUCCUCCCUCUUCUGGCGGUAGUAUACUCACUCGCACUCGCACCGUUUCUGAUACUAAGAAGCCUGUCCUGUCUCACAACGAAGACUUUUAUCAAAGAGCACCUGCAUCUUGUGCAAAUCACCCCUCCACCACUGCACAGCAACAGGCAUCUUCUCAACAAGCACAACAGCCGGCCUCUUUAUCGACUGAUAUCAACAAUACAAUCGAGCACCUCCAGCAGCUGCUUUUGCUUUCGUCCAAGGAAAAGGAAAGACUAGCUCGUGAAAAUGAGUCGCUGAAACGAGAGGUAGAGAGAUUGAGAAGAAACCAACAACAGCCACUGCCCUCCUCAACACAGCAGCCAUCACAACCACAGCAACAGCAAAGUAUCCUGAUGAAAAAGCCUUCGAUAGACUCGCCAUCUUCAUACCAGCAGUCUGAAAAAACCUCGUUAGUGGCGCCGGAAGCAACUAAUACACCUGCAAAUACAAAUCAACAAGACAAGGCUUUAUAA